AUGGAUCCCUGGGGUCAUUUGGCGCCAUGGCUUUUCAAGGACACUAUUGAAGGAGAGAACGUUGACAUCCGUCCUACUAUUGCCAUUACAAAGGCACACAUGAAGCUCCCGGAGCUAGAAGAGAGUGUUAAAAGUGGCAGACUUGUACCUGACGGCAAAGUCUGCCUCAAUGACCUUGGAGAGCUCGCGGUCACUAAGUUCGCUGUUGAGCCCGUGUGGUAUCUUCCUGGAGUAGCUGAGAGAUUUGGCAUCGAUGAGGGUGCUCUGAGAAGAUCGCUCUUCGAGCACACAGGUGGUAGCUACCCCGAGUUGAUUACCCGCGGAGAUAUCAAGGUCUUCCUUCCUCCCAUUGGCGGCCUAACCGUUUAUUGCUUUGGCGACCCGGCCAAGAUGUCUGAUGAGUCAGUGCGACUAGCAUUGCGUAUCCAUGAUGAGUGCAAUGGCAGUGACGUCUUUGGCUCUGAUAUCUGCACAUGCCGGCCUUACCUUAUCUUUGGCAUCGAAGAAGCUGUCAAAGAGGCACAAAGAGGUGGCAGUGGCGUUGUCAUCUAUUUCCGAAAGGAAGGUAGAGCUCUCGGAGAGGUAACCAAGACAGUUGUGUAUAAUGCCCGUAAGAGGGGCGAAGACCGAGCAUCAGAUUAUUUCAAGAGAACCGAGAAUAUCGCAGGAGUCAAGGAUAUGCGAUUCCAGGCACUGAUGCCAGAUAUCUUGCACUGGCUUGGAAUCCGUAAAAUUGAUCGUAUGCUGAGCAUGAGCAACAUGAAGCACGAUGCCAUCGUGGGACAGGGAAUACCCAUCCAUGAGCGAGUUGAGCUGCCAGAGGAGUUGAUCCCAGCAGAUUCGCGAGUCGAGAUUGACGCGAAGAUCACUGCAGGAUACUUCACCGCAGGAAAGCGCAUGACCGAAGAUGAGUUGAGAGCUGUGCAAGGUCGACUAUGGGAGGAUAUUGACCACUAG